AUGUCUUCUGAUCGUCAGAUCCCAAGUGUUGAUGAAUCGGAAGCUGUGCGCCGUGGGCGUAGUUUUGGAUCUAUUCUGAAGCCGAGCACUAACCAAGCUCCACAAGUACAAACUCGAGACAUUAAGUUAGACCAACCAUCACAUAGCAAAUCAUCAGUAACACCUCGGGAGCAUGAGGAAAACACACCCUUCCAGAACCUUAGGUCGAAGUCACCAGAGUAUGAGCCAGAUCAACACGUAUUGUCAGAUGCAAAUGUCGAGGAAGACGAAAGUCGAGGGAGGAAAAGGUCCUUUGAUGAUUCAGAACAGUCGUCUGGAGACUCGAAGACUACGACCUCGAGCUCAUUGCGUCCAAGAACUACAUCAAAGACUUUCGAUAUCAAGCCCAAAGUCACGUCCGAGCAGAGUACUAGUCGAGAGCGGGCUGUGAAUUCUGUGGCCAUUGACCGCGAAAAUGAGGACGACAUGGAAAGAGCCCAGCGACUAAAGAUCUACGAAGUGACCGACUCAAAACCCUACAGAGUCCUUCGAACCUUAGUACGAGGUGAUUACAGCCAAUAUGAGCGUAUAGCUGGAAAAGGUGAGGUUCGGCUUCGGAAGUACCUACUGGCGGCCAACCUCAAGGAAGAAGCUACCUAUGCCAUAAAGUGGACGAUUGGAAGCAUCCUUCGCGAUGGAGACACGCUGUUUGUUUUCUGUGCAAUUGACAAGGAUAUGGACAUUGAUCGCCCAGGUGAAGGACUGGGUGAGCACGAAGUUCGCCAGGCAAUGCAAGAAACCACAGCCGAUGUGGCCAAAAUGACAGAGGAAGCGUCCAGCAAAGCCGUACUUUUCGCGGGUGUGAAAAACAUUCUUCCUGGGUCGAGGAAAAGCAGUGUAGCCGCAGACGCGAGAGCGUCAGCCAAACAACAGGACCGCAUGCAUGCUUUGGAUAAGCUCGUGGAAACCUGCGUAGGCUUUCUUAGGAAAACAGUCCUUCAGGUUAGGGUGGUGGUGGAGGUUGUUCACUGCAAGGAUUGUCGCCAUAUGCUCACAGAAGCGAUUGACCACAUUCAACCAACCAUGGUCAUUGUAGGAUCACGCGGACGCAGCCUCGUCAGAGGUACGAUUGCGGGCUCGGUGUCACAAUAUCUCAUCGUGAAGUCUAGUGUACCGGUCAUGACAGCGCGUAAGAAACUGGCCAAGAAUGAAGGCCAAACACCACUCGCAAGGAAGCGCCGGGAUAACAAUAUCGUACCAGAUGGUGCAUUUAAACUCCCUCAAGAUGUGAAAGAUGAUGAGAUGGCUUUGAGGCGAGAUAAUGCAUCUAAGGUCUUUGAGGAUGUCAACGAUGAUGAGCUGGCUUCAAGACUAGAUAAUGCAUCCGAAUUUCCUGAGAAUGUUAAGGUUGAUGAGCUGGCUUUGAGGCUAAAUGUGUCUAAAGAGGUCGAGGAACAGGACAAGACCGAAGAUGACGAGCUAAAUAGCAGACAUAAAACGAAUCUGCCAGCCAAGGGGACUGAGCCCGAUAGAUCGAAUGACGAGGAUGAAGCUGACAAUUCACAUCAGAAGUCAGACGGUGUUAUCAUGAAGUAUUAG